AUGGCCAGCCAACCUCUGCCUGAGGCACCCUCGCCUCAGCAGCCCCUGCAGCAGCUUGCUCAGCAUGGCUGCCAGAGCCCGCAGCACCAGCAGCAACGCCCCAGCGUAGGAUCGAGCCCACCCAAGGACGAGCACCAGCAUCAGAACCAGCACCAGAACCAGCGCCAGCACCGCCUCGAGCCGUCAACAUCGUCGUCGCUCAGCCCUCUCCUCCCCAGCGGCUCAACCACCGCCCUCGCGUCCGACACGACUCCUUCGCCGACUGCCAUCCCUCUCCCCCGUGCAUCGUCGGCCGCUGCUGCAACGCCCAACGCGGCCAGCAGCAACCCUCCUCCUCCCCGACGACAGCGCAUCCCAACAUGGCCGCGGCUGCUGUAUGACGCCAACAUGCCGUCCUCCACCAAAUCCGCGAAUGCCCCCAACGGUCAUGCCAACGGCCACAACCACUUCCCCACCCGCCUCAAGAACUUCUUCCGCAUCAACAGUUCGUCCGACAAGUCCGCCUCGCAGACCCCCGACGGUCUGAACCACCACGCCAACACCCUCAAGCCCGAUCACAAGUCCUCGUUCCGUCAGUCAAAAUUCUUCGCAACCGUCGGCCGCCUGCGCUCCACCACCGUCGCUAGCGAGGGCAACACCCUCGACGAGGCCCUCAGCCCUACUGCCUAUGCCAACCCUUAUUUCGCUCACCAGGGGCCGCCGGGCCUGCGUCAUCACAAUGCCGGUUCCGUGCCCCCGAGUCCGCCCGAUACCCCGAGCCAGAAGGCUGCCAGCAGCAAGGACGCUGCCGGCGGCGCCGCCCAGGACCGCGCAACCACGUCCACCAAGGAAGAGCUUGCCCGGAAGCUCCGCCGCGUCGCCAGCGCUCCCAACGCCCAGGGUCUCUUCUCCUCAAAGGGGAAGGGCAGCGGCGAGCGCCCCGCGACGGCCGAGCUGGGGAAGGAGCCCGUCAUGGUGAAUAAGAACGGGAGCGCCGUCGGCCUCGUCGAGUCCAAGGCUGGCGCUGCCGGUGCCGGCGGGGACAACCUGGCCGUCCCCGAUGCUGACGGCCUCGGGGCCCUGCCCUCACCCCAGACCGCUCUUGCGUUCCGCAGGACAUACAGCUCCAACUCAAUAAAGGUCCGCAACGUCGAGGUCGGCCCCCAGAGCUUCGACAAGAUCAAACUCAUCGGCAAGGGCGACGUUGGCAAGGUGUAUCUUGUCAGGGAAAAGAAGAGCUCAAGGCUGUAUGCCAUGAAAGUGUUGAGCAAGAAGGAGAUGAUCAAGCGUAACAAGAUCAAGAGGGCGCUGGCCGAGCAGGAGAUCCUUGCGACCAGCAAUCACCCAUUCAUCGUGACGCUCUACCACUCGUUCCAGUCCGAGGACCACCUGUACCUUUGCAUGGAAUACUGCAGUGGCGGCGAAUUCUUCAGGGCACUGCAGACACGUCCUGGCAAGUGCAUUGCCGAGGACGACGCCCGUUUCUACGCGGCCGAGGUCACCGCCGCGCUCGAGUAUCUGCAUCUGAUGGGUUUCAUCUACAGGGAUCUGAAGCCAGAAAACAUCCUCCUACACCAGUCGGGCCAUAUCAUGCUGUCAGACUUUGACUUGUCAAAGCAGUCGGAUCCGGGUGGCAAGCCGACCAUGAUUAUCGGUAAGAACGGCGCAAGCACGAGCUCCCUGCCGACCAUCGACACGAGGUCAUGCAUCGCCAACUUCCGGACCAACUCGUUCGUGGGGACCGAGGAGUACAUUGCACCCGAGGUUAUCAAGGGCAGCGGCCACACUAGCGCGGUGGACUGGUGGACCCUGGGCAUCUUGAUUUACGAGAUGCUGUACGGGACGACGCCCUUCAAGGGCAAGAAUCGCAACGCCACCUUUGCCAACAUCCUGCGCGAGGACAUACCGUUCCCUGACAACCCGCCGCACCUCUCAAAUCUCUGCAAGUCCCUGAUACGCAAGCUCCUGAUAAAGGACGAAAACCGACGGUUGGGGGCGCGCGCAGGCGCAUCAGACAUAAAGGGACACCCCUUCUUCCGGACGACGCAGUGGGCGCUGAUCCGGCACAUGAAGCCGCCCAUCGUGCCGCACCAGGGUCGGGGCAUCGACACUGUCAACUUCCGCAACGUCAAGGAGAGCGAAAGCGUCGACAUCAGCGGUUCCAGAUCCAUGGCGCCCCGCGGCGUGCCCUUGGACAGCGAGCUGGCCACGCCCGGUGGCGAGACGCCCAUCGAUCCGUUCGAGGAGUUCAACAGCGUCACUCUCCACCACGACGGCGACGAGCAGCAUCAGCCACAGAUAUACCAAGAGGGGAGCAGUAGCUACUCACAAUCUAGUAGCAAGGGCAGAUAGACGAUGCUUGCUGAGGAGGUUGCUUAAAGUGCUUGUUUCUGUGGAGGAGGGGACGGCGUUGGGGGAAUAGGUGGCCUGAAGCUGCGGAAUGCCCUGUUCUCCAUUCCAUUCCUUUAACCCUGACCCUUUCCGAUCCACGGUAGUCUCUGGGGAUGGGAUUGGUGAAAAGGUCACCUACAUGCACGCAUCGCGCAUCAUUACCAGCGCAUCCUUGGCUUCUUCUGUUACUCUUUUUAUUUUCCUAAUCAAGGCGUCUAUAUCUUUGAUUUUGAGCCCCAGCACGACGCGAGCCGCGGGGGCUUUGGGACGGGGUUAAGCGGGUAUCAAACAAGUACAGUUUUCUUUUGCAACAAGGACCUGUGUUUUGUUUGAUGUUCCACAUUCCUCACGUUUAUCCGAACCAUUCUCGAGGCUGUUUUCUUUUUUUUGUUGUUGAAAGUGCCUCCAGAACUUCUCUGCUGUCCGUUUGCUGAACACAACCCCGAUAUGGGAAGUAGCUGCCACUUGAGAGUGGGGUUCGUCAAUGAGCGGCGGAGGAGACGUCAAGACUGCCACGAGCGAGGUGUGUGAAGACGAUGUUACAGAAAAAAGAAAACCGAUAUGACAUGGUGGUGUUUUGUUGGCCUGAUCUUUAUUUGCCUUGUCUGUUACUUUUGUUUGCUCACUCUCCCUUAUCUCACUUGUCACUUUCAUUGCCUCAUACGCUCACAUCACAUCCGAGUGCUGCACCGGAGUCAAGGUCGAUUUCUUCCAAUCCUUCCUCUCAUCUCCAUCCUGCUACGUUUCUUUUGUCCUUGUUCCCUAAAUACUUACCUACCCCUCCCUACCCGGUCGCCGCAAUGUCCCCCAAACGAGGAGAGAUAGCAAAACAGAAAGGCGUCGGGAGAU